GUUACAUGGCUUUCUUCACUUCCGGUAACAAUGGCCGGCAUGUCUUUCCUAGCUGCAGUCGUAAGAUCUCAAAACUUUGUUACAUUGAAAAUCGUUACCCAAGAAUUGCCUAAGUUAGCAUCAUGCUAUCAGACAGUUCGAUGGAGAAAGUCAAGAUGGCACCCAGUGACUGCUAGCAAGAAAUUCUAUGUGCCAAAGCCUCAAGUGUUCCACCCCGAAGAUACGGCAGAGGUGAAGAAAAGGCUUCCAAUUUACAACACACAUCUGCGAGCUGUCAGAAAUUUCAUAACAAAAACUCACCAGGCUGACUUGGCGAGACGUGCCCUGCUGAAAGCCCAACAGACUGAUGAGGAAGAAGAGUUUGCAUGGAUCAUGGAGGAAAACAACAAGUGGAAUGCCAAGGUGGCGGCCGUUAGGGAAAGUCGACAGAAGGAAGAAUUUGAAAAAAUCCAAGCUAGACUUGAUCGCCAGGUGGAAAGAAGGGUUCAACGGAAACAGAAGCAGGAAGCAAAGGCACAUCAAUUGAUUCUUGCAAAUAUUGAGGAAUCUAAAUAUUUCAUCACAGAAGAUAAUCUGGAUCAGGAGAUUGAGAAGUUGCUCAACUCGAGAAAAGAUUAUAACUUUGCUAUAGACUCAUCCGGUAAAGAAGUAACAGACUUUGACAAUGCUACUCCUCCUCUUAAAGACUCUACUCCAAAGGGGGAAACCGAUUCUCAAAGCUGAUACGCGAGACUUGUCAAGAUGGCAGUGUGUGUUGACAUUCUAUGGAUCAGUUACAUUGUGUGUGUGUAGUUUCACCAAACGAAGAGGAAAAGGAAAACCUUUGUAUGGCGUCUUUGACUGCAUUUAUUUAGUGUCUGGAUGAAUGAAAUUGAAUCAUAUUAAAAUAUUCUAUACAGCAUGUACAUUGUCUUUCUGUCAAUCUCAUUCAAAUCAAAUCUUAGUUCGUGCUACCGCUAAACAAAGAUCUGAGGUCAUCACACAGGGUUUCUAAUCAUGCAACCUCAGAGUUUAAUGUUGGGUAUUCCGAAACGAAAUGCAUCAAAAACAUGUCACUUCAAUGGGAUACACAUGUGAAUGACGAGACCUUGCAUUGCCCGUGGGAAGUACUGCCAUGCAAUCUAUAGGCUAGCUGUUGACGUCCCAGUAUGUGCUUUUGUUCAAUUUUCAGAUUUUGAAUCGAGAACUUUGUCAAAAUAUUUUUCAAAGUGUAGUCGCCAGUUAGAAACUACUGCCGAAUAGCCGUAGAAAGCUGCUUUCUGAUUGGCUAUCCUGGACUUCUUGUUAGUAAUUUCAUUGUUCAAUGAAAGUUUGCAAAAGGUCGUAUCAUUGUUAAAGGUGGUUGGAGCUAAGAUCUGAUCUUAAUGAGAUUGUCUUUCUGUGAAUACUUUGUAAAGAUAGUAACCAGCAUCUUUGGUUCACCUCAGAACAAUGAACACAGGAAGGAUGUUCUGCAGCAUCAUGAUUCUUGUUUCAGUUCUGAACACUUUGGGCGUGUUUAUCGUCAGUACUUCACUAGUUUAGAAUACAUUCCUCCAUGCUCCCCAAGGUGAUGGGAGGUGUUAUGGGGUUAACGUCGCGUUCAGGAUACUGCACAUAUAUAGUGGUGCAUACGUGCAUGCGUGCACACAAGCCCUGACUAAUGCCAGUUUCUUAGUGCAGCCCACUGAGCUGCCAUGCUGCAGGUUUAACAUGGGUACCACACUCAGACACAGUAUUCUCACUAGAGCCAAGCAGUCCUUGUUAAUGAUGAGCUCCAGACCGGGUGACAAGAAGUAGAUCAUGAUCCACUAGACCAUAAAGGCGGUCCCCAUGAUGUAGAAAACCUGUGGAAGUAUUGGCGAUGGAUAUGUUUUUAGACUCCAGUCAAAUUGCUCCCAUUAAUUCAGCCUGAUGCAAAAAUAUAAAAAAAUAACAAGAU